UUCCGCGCGUAAAGCCUAAGAAAAUACUUGGAUUUGAUGCCCCCAUUAUUAUAAAUUUAUACAUAUGCCUAAGGCAGGGUCUUCAACACGUAAAGCCUAAGCUACUGUUUCAAAAUCAGCCUCAUCUUUUUUCCUUGAGUUACUUCCGUUCUCUCCCUCCAGACCUCCCUUACCACCAGAGUCUAAGUACAAUUGGAUUUGAUGUCUUGUUUCUUCGAAGUGUUUGCUUAUAUCUGGAGAUUCAUCAUACGAAACCCCCAUGUUUCUCCAUCGCCAUCUACUCCUUCCACCUUAACCACCGCCCAGCCACAAGGAAUUAAAUAUGAUGUCUUCCUUAGUUUCAGGGGAGAAGACACUCGUGUUGGUUUUACCAGCCACCUCUAUGCUGCUUUGAAACGGAAACAAAUCCUAACUUUCGUAGAUUAUCAGCUUGUGAGAGGAGAUGAGAUAUCGGCAUCACUUCUGAGAACAAUUGAAGAGGCCAAGCUUUCUGUGAUCGUUUUUUCUGAAAACUAUGCAUCUUCCAAAUGGUGCUUGGAGGAGCUUGCAAAGAUUUUUGAGCGUAGAAAAAAUAAUGGACAGAUAGUUAUUCCUGUAUUCUACCAGGUGGAUCCAUCCAAUGUAAGAAAUCAAACAGGAAGCUUUGGAGAUGCAUUUGCUAGACUUAUAAAGAAGAAAGCUUUGACGAUGGACAAAGAGCAGAGCUUCAGAGACGCUUUGAAGGAUACAGCCACUCCAGCUGGAUGGACCUUAAGGGAGUCUCACCCGGAGUCUCAAUUUAUUGAGAAAAUCGUUGGUGAUGUUUUGAAAAAAUUGCAUGCCAUGUCUUCAAGUCACACCAUGGCGGGUCUAUUUGGAAUUGAUGUUCGUGUUAGCGAAGUUGAGUCUUUGUUAGAUAUGGAGUCUCCAGAUGUUCUCAUUGUAGGGAUAUGGGGAAUGGGUGGUAUCGGUAAGACAACGAUUGCUGAAGUUGUGUGCAGCAAGGUUCGUUCUCGAUUUGAAAGAAUCUUUUUUGCAAACUUUAGGCAACAAUCUGAUUUGCGAAGAAGCUUUCUUUCAUGGCUGCUUGGCCAAGAAACUCUGGACACUAUGGGCUCCUUGAGUUUUCGAGAUUCUUUUGUGAGGGAUAGACUUCGUCGUAUAAGGGGUUUAAUUGUUCUGGAUAAUGUGGAUAAUUUAAUGCAUUUGGAAGAAUGGAGAGAUUUGCUUGAUGAACGAAACAGUUCAUUUGGUCCGGGCAGUAAAGUUCUCAUAACAAGUAGGGACAAGCAAGUGCUUAGUAAUGUAGUAGACGAGACAUACAAGGUUCAGGGGUUGACCGAUGAACAAGCUAUUCAACUCUUUAGCUCAAAAGCCUUGAAGAAUUGCAUCCCCACAAGUGAUCACAGACACUUGAUAGAACAGAUUGGAAGGCAUGUACAGGGCAAUCCGUUGGCCCUUAAAGUUUUGGGUUCCUCUCUCUAUGGUAAAAGCAUAGAAGAAUGGCGCAGUGCAUUGAAUAAACUAGCUCAGCAUCCUCAAAUCGAAAGGGCGUUGAGAAUUAGUUACGAUGGGUUAGAUUCAGAACAGAAAUCCAUAUUCCUUGACAUAGCACAUUUCUUGACAAGAUCAAGAUGGGAGAAAAGCCGAGCAAUAAGAAUAUUAGAUGUCUUUUAUGGUCGGUCUGUGAUUUUUGAUAUAAACACGCUCAUUGAUAAGUGUCUCAUAAAUACUUCUCCUAGCAGUUUAGAAAUGCAUGAUUUACUACGAGAAAUGGCAUUUAACAUUGUUCGUGCAGAAUCUGAUUUUCCUGGCGAACGUAGCAGGUUAUGUCAUCCUCGUGAUGUCGUUCAAGUAUUGGAGGAAAAUAAGGUUAAAGCUACAGCCAUUAACUGUCGUUCAUGUAUUUGCUCAAAAGUUGAUUUGUUUGAGUAGAUUGUAUUAUCGUUUGUUUAUUCUUUAUUCUUGUUUAACAAGGAACUCAACAAAUUAAAGGCAUAUCUGUGGACGGGUUACCGAGACACAUACACUUGAAAUCUGAUGCAUUCGCAAUGAUAUUGGAUGGUCUUCGAUUUCUCGAUUUCGAUCACGUAGUAGAUAAAAUGCACCUUCCUCCUACUGGCCUCGAAUAUCUUCCUAAUAAGCUGAGAUAUUUGCAAUGGAAUGGAUUCCCUUCGAAAUCCUUGCCGCCAUCUUUUUGUGCUGAACACCUUGUCGAGCUUGACCUAAGGAAAAGCAAGCUUGUAAAACUUUGGACAGGAGUAAAGGAUGUUGGGAAUUUAAGAAGAAUUGACCUAUCUGACUCUCCAUAUUUGACGGAAUUGCCAGAUCUAUCAAUGGCCAAAAAUCUAGUGUCCUUAAUACUUGUGGACUGUCCAAGUUUAACUGAGGUUCCGUCAUCUCUUCAAUAUCUUGACAAGCUGGAAAAAAUUGAUCUCUAUCGUUGCUAUAAUCUUAGAAGUUUUCCAAUGCUUUAUUCAAAGGUUCUCAGAUACCUUGAAAUAAAUCGGUGCCUAGAUGUGACCACGUGUCCAACGAUUUCACAAAAUAUGGAAUUGUUAAUAUUGGAACAAACUUCAAUCAAAGAAGUUCCACAAUCAGUUGCUAGCAAGUUGGAAUUACUUGAUCUAAGUGGUUGCUCAAAGAUGACCAAGUUUCCGGAGAAUUUAGAGGAUAUAGAAGAUUUAGAUCUAAGCGGAACCGCUAUUAAAGAGGUGCCCUCAUCAAUCCAGUUUCUCACAAGCCUCUGCUCGUUGGAUAUGAAUGGUUGCUCAAAACUUGAGAGCUUCUCAGAAAUUACAGUGCCUAUGAAAUCUUUGCAGCAUCUUAACUUGAGUAAAUCAGGCAUUAAAGAGAUACCUUUGAUAUCAUUUAAGCAUAUGAUAUCUUUGACGUUUCUAUAUUUAGAUGGAACGCCUAUUAAAGAGCUACCCUUGUCAAUCAAAGAUAUGGUAUGUUUGCAACAUCUGUCUUUGACGGGAACGCCUAUUAAAGCGUUACCUGAGCUUCCCCCUUCGCUGAGGAAGAUAACAACACAUGACUGUGCAUCACUAGAAACCGUGACAUCAAUCAUCAAUAUCAGCAGUUUAUGGCAUGGAUUGGAUUUUACAAAUUGCUUCAAAUUGGAUCAGAAACCACUGGUAGCAGCAAUGCAUUUGAAAAUUCAGUCCGGAGAGGAGAUCCCACGUGGCAGAAUUCAAAUGGUUCUACCGGGGAGUGAAAUUCCAGAAUGGUUCGGUGACAAAGGAAUUGCCCUCAAAUUGUCAUCAGCUCAAGGGAAUUGCUUUCUGCUUUGUCUUUCUACUCCCUCUUCCCUCCCAGGACAUGCUUUGUGAGGUAUAUUGUGAUUACCAUGUUAAGAGUAAAAACGGUGAGCAUGAUGGUGAUGAUGAAGUCGUCUUAGCUUCCGGGAAUAAAUAUGAUCUAACAUUUAACUUGAAGAAAUGGGACUCGGAUCACAUGGUUCUAGAUUACAGUAAUUUCAAUUUGGUAAAUCGUUUACGUGAAUAUUCUGGCAAUGAAGUUACAUUUAAAUUCUACCAUUCUAUUCGCAACCACGGAAGGAAGGUAGGUCAUGAGAUCCGAAGGCCUUUCGAGUUGAAAAGCUGGGGGGUGUAUCUGCACUUUGAUGAAAAUCUACCGGCGGACAAAAGUUGAGAAGAAAAUUGAGGGAGAAAUAGAAGGAGAUUGAAAGGGAGAGAGAGUUUUGUAAUUAGUGCAAAUUGUUCUUCAAUUAUUACUUGGUUUUCAAGAUAGC